GGACGGGGCAGCGCUGAGUUAGCUCCUCAUUUACCGGCACACAGGAGGCUGCGGAGGUCGGUCGGGACCGGUGACAAUUCUACGGUUAAAAAGACUCAGCAGGAUCCAGUGGCGACUCGACAGAAGAGCGGGAUCAGGAUCUGAGGAGAAGCCCACCUCACCGUUUCAGCCAGACCGAAGGAGCAAGAGCAGCUGCUGAGAGGAGCCUGGAGGGACACCUCGUCCGGGACGUUGCUGCUGCAUUUUUCUUGUGGGAAGGGAGGGGGGUGAGGAGCUGUGGCUGAACGGCAGCCAUGCAUCGCUUAAGGACUACAGUUGCGAGGCUUCGGCCUUUGACGGCUGCACAGACGGCCCAGAGCCUAUCACAGCCCAGAUUGUUGGUGUUUGAAGGGGGCUUAAGGACGUUUCGGCCCGUGAGGUGCUUUAAUGCAUCUGUGACUGCUGAACCCUUUCUUAAUGGCACCAGCACUAACUAUGUGGAGGAGAUGUAUUAUGCGUGGCUGGAGAAUCCCAGGAAUGUGCACAAGUCAUGGGAUAUAUUUUUCCGUAACGCUAAUGCAGGGGCUCCGCCUGGCGCGGCCUACCAGAGCCCUCCACCCCUCAGUGGGACCUCUCAGGGACUGACCCGUGUCCAGGCGCUGGUGGGGGCUCAACCUAAUGUGGAGAAGUUAGUGGAGGAUCAUCUAGCAGUGCAAUCACUCAUACGAGCGUAUCAGGUACGAGGGCAUCACAUAGCGAAGCUGGACCCCCUGGACAUCAGCUGUGUAGACUUUGACGACGCCCCGUGUACUGUUGGUUUCCAGAACGUCGAGUUCUCUCAUUAUAAAGAACAUCUUUGUUAUCUGACAGCUGAAGGUGUUUACGGACUGACUGAAUCCGACCUGGACAAGGUGUUCCGCCUUCCCACCACCACUUUCAUCGGUGGCAACGAGAGCUCUCUGCCACUCAGAGAGAUAAUACGCCGACUCGAGAUGGCCUACUGUCAGCACAUCGGAGUAGAGUUCAUGUUCAUUAAUGACGUGGAGCAGUGCCAGUGGAUCAGACAGAAGUUCGAGACCCCGGGAAUCAUGCAGUUCAGUCUGGAGGAGAAGAGGACUCUGUUGGCCAGAAUGAUCCGAUCCACCAGGUUUGAGGAGUUUCUCCAGAGGAAGUGGUCGUCAGAGAAACGCUUCGGCCUGGAAGGCUGCGAGUCGCUCAUCCCGGCCCUCAAGACCAUCAUCGACAAGUCCAGUCAGAGCGGAGUGGAGAGCGUGAUCAUGGGGAUGCCUCACAGAGGUCGGCUCAAUGUGCUGGCUAACGUGAUCCGGAAGGAGCUGGAUCAGAUCUUCUGCCAGUUUGACUCUAAACUCGAAGCUGCAGAUGAGGGAUCUGGUGAUGUGAAAUAUCAUCUGGGGAUGUGGCACAAGAGGAUGAACCGGGUCAGCGACAGACAGAUCACCAUGUCACUCGUGGCGAACCCGUCCCACCUUGAGGCAGUGGACCCGGUGGUGCAGGGAAAGACCAAAGCCGAGCAGUUCUACUGUGGGGACACUGAGGGCAAGAGGGUGAUGUCUGUUCUGCUUCACGGCGAUGCUGCGUUCGCAGGCCAGGGUAUCGUGUACGAGACGUUCCACCUGUCUGACCUUCCCUCCUACACCACCCACGGCACCAUACAUGUGGUGGUCAACAACCAGAUUGGCUUCACCACAGACCCCAGGAUGGCUCGGUCGUCUCCGUACCCCACCGACGUAGCUCGGGUCGUUAACGCUCCCAUCUUUCACGUCAAUGCUGACGACCCAGAGGCGGUGAUGUAUGUGUGUAACGUCGCGGCCGAGUGGAGGAACACCUUCCAUAAAGAUGUGGUCGUAGACCUGGUGUGUUACAGACGAAACGGCCACAAUGAGAUGGACGAGCCCAUGUUCACGCAGCCGCUGAUGUACAAGCAGAUCAAGAAGCAGAAGGGCGUCCUGAAGAAGUUCGCUGAGAAACUCAUCGCUGAGGGAGUCGUCACGACACAAGACUACGAGGAGGAAGUCGCAAGUUACGACAAAAUCUGCGAGGAGGCGUACGCUCGCUCUAAAGACGAGAAGAUCCUUCACAUCAAACACUGGCUGGACUCACCCUGGCCUGGUUUUUUCACACUGGAGGGUCAGCCUAAAAGCAUGAACUGCCCCCCGACUGGCAUCAGUGAACAGGAGCUGGUUCACAUUGGAAACAUCGCUGCCUCUGUCCCGGUGGAGGAUUUCACGAUACAUGGAGGUUUGAGUCGGAUCCUAAAGGGUCGAGCGAACAUGGUGAGUCAGCGAGUGUGUGACUGGGCUCUGGGAGAAUACAUGGCCUUCGGCUCUUUGCUCAAAGACGGGAUCCACGUACGUCUCAGUGGACAGGAUGCGGAGAGGGGAACGUUCAGCCAUCGACACCACGUUCUUCACGACCAGAACGUCGAUAAGAGGAUCUGCAUCCCCAUGAACCACGUCUCCCCUGAUCAAGCUCCUUACACCGUCUGCAACAGUUCUCUGUCUGAAUACGGAGUUCUUGGUUUUGAAUUAGGCUUCGCCAUGGCCAGUCCCAACGCGCUGGUCCUGUGGGAGGCCCAGUUCGGAGACUUUCAUAACACGGCUCAGUGUAUCAUCGACCAGUUCAUCAGCUCGGGUCAGGCCAAGUGGGUGAGACAGAACGGCAUCGUGCUGCUGCUUCCUCACGGCAUGGAGGGGAUGGGUCCAGAGCACUCGUCCGCCCGUCCCGAAAGGUUCCUCCAGAUGUGCAACGAUGACCCAGAUGUUUUCCCUAAACUGUCGGAGGACUUUGCCGUGCGUCAGCUGUACGACUGUAACUGGAUCGUCGUCAACUGCUCUAAUCCUGCAAACUACUUCCACGUCCUCCGCAGACAGAUCCUGCAGCCGUUCAGGAAGCCUCUGAUAGUAUUUACUCCCAAGUCGUUGCUGCGCCACCCAGAGGCCAAGUCCAGCUUUGAUGACAUGCUGCCAGGGACUCACUUCAGGCGUAUAAUCCCAGACGAGGGUCCUGCAGCUUCCAGCCCAGAGAAGGUGAAGAGAAUCAUUUUCUGCUCUGGAAAGAUUUACUAUGAGCUGAUCCGGGAACGCAAGAACAGAGGCAUGGACGACGCCGUCGCUGUCAUCCGUGUCGAGCAGCUCUCACCGUUCCCCUUCGACCUGGUGAAAGCGGAAACUGAUCGUUACCUGAACGCUGAUCUAGUCUGGUGUCAGGAGGAGCACAAGAACCAGGGUUACUACGACUACGUCAAGCCCCGCAUCCGCACCACCACCAACCGCACCCGGCCCGUCCGUUAUGCAGGUCGUGACCCUGCAGCAGCUCCAGCCACUGGGAACAAACAGACUCACCUGACGGAGCUGCAGCGUUUACUGGACACGGCGUUCGAUGUGGAGGCGCUCGCAGUGUAACCAACACAUCGGCGCUCUCUCUCUCUCUCUCUCUCUCUCUCCUGCAGCUCUGAGCAUCGAUGUGUUUCCUCCCUCACACUCUUCACAUAUCAGACCUGCUGACAAAACGCACAAUGACUCACUGACUCUAACACUGUUACUAUGACGACCUCAUGUUCACAGUGAUGGACUCUACUGCGACAGAAAUAUGAGAAAACCUGCAUUGAAUGUACGACUUUAUACGAAAGUAAUUUUUAAGACAAAGAGUUUUUAGCUCUCGUGUUUCAUCUGUUUUUAUUUGAGUAAUUACAAAAUCAUUUCUGCACAAUCCAUUCAUCUGUUGAUCAUCUGGUGAUCAUCUGUUGAUCAGCUGGUGAUCAGCUGGUGAUCAGCUGGUGAUCUGAGGCAGAAGAUCUCAGAGUGACUAAAAUAAUGAUGAAAGAACAGUUUGACAUUUGGUCAGCUUGAGCAGAGUCGAAGAGAAGAUCACCUCUCUCAUAUCAGCCUGUUAGUCCGGCUGCACAAUCAAUCAAAAUCACAAUAUGGCCGAGUGCAAUAUCCAAAUCAUGAAAGGUAAAAUGUGUCUCAACAUUGUUGUACAUUGUUAGUACCGUGAGUGUUGUGGUGCUACAGUGACGCCCCGACCUACAAAUCAUAUUCUCCAGACUGACGGCAUCUCUAAAGCUCAUUAAUUAUAAUGUUAUACCUCAUUAGUUUAAUCUGCACAAAAACCAAAGAGUAAAAAUGACAAUUAAUAGUUUGACAGGAGGUUUGUCCAAGAUGAUUUCUUGACGGGGGCUUUGGAGGAGGUCGGCAGAUAUUUCACACAGAGUCAGGCUAGCUGUUUCCCCCUGUUUCUAGUCUUUAUGCUAAGCUAAGCUAACCAGCUUGCUUUACAAGCACGAGUGGUAUCAGUCUUCUCACUCCUGUUGAAAGACCUGGAGUAAAGAGGAAAAUAUAUACUGGAGAUAAUAAGAGCCGAGAAGCUGAAAGAUAUGAGUUAAAUAUAAAUAAUGAAACAUAAAAUAAGAACAGAGUCGAACUGUGAUGAAUUUACUGUGAAAAGUUUUGACAGAAUUCAUGCCGUGACUUUAAAAUACCUGCCUGUGUUCAUGGGGGGGGGGGGGGGGCUCUGUUGAUGACGUCACAUGCAUUUACAUUUCACAUGAACUCACCUUUCAUUCAUUCAGCUUGAAUUCUUUGGUUCCUAUUUAUUUCCUCCUCGCUCGCCGUCCCUCCACAUCUGUCAGCGUCUGUUUGUGCCAAAUGUAAGAUUACUGGAAAUUAAAGUUUCAUUUUAAUAAAAAAGAAAAACCAUGCCAGCACAGGUGGUGAUUUACAGCAUGUAAAGACAGAGUUGAAGGAUGUAUUUAUUUUCAUAUAGUGAUGUAUGUUUUAUUGUUUUCAACAAAUAAAGAUUUUACUUGAACUGA